AUGAGUGACCAGGAUGUUGUUAAAAUCUGCGGUGUUUGUGGUGAUAAAACAAAUGGUUAUUAUAACUUCAAUGCAAUUACUUGUGAUUCUUGUAAAGCCUUUUUCAGGAGGAAUGCCUUUAAAAGAGAUCAAUUCAAAUGUUAUUUCGAUAACAAUUGCAAAAUAGACUUUAAGACGCGGAAAGUAUGCCGAAAAUGUCGAUUAAAUAAAUGCUUUUCAAUAGGAAUGAAACAAACAAUCAGCUCACCUAUUGAUUCAUCUCUUAAUAAAGAUAACACUUCUUCGGCACUCAUGUGUAUCAAUGAUAAUACAAAUACCGUUAAUUCAAAUAGUAAUGAAAUGGUAGUCCCGUGUAUACCACCCCUCAUAACUGACUAUAAGAAUAAUUUUAACGAAUUAGAGAGCAAUAGGAUGACUGAAUUAUUGAGUGCCACACACGUGAUGAAGACCUGGCUGACCGACGCCCAGACAUACCUCAUUAAGCACCCGGUCAUCGAGGAGGCCUGUCGGGCGUGGGCUCUCAUGUGUGUCCAAGAAGUAGAUAAGUUGGUGAAGAUGACCAAGAGUUUGGUGGCUUUCAAUGGUAUUUGCGAUAACGAUAGGAUAGCACUCAUUAAAUAUGGUUCCGUCGAG